AUGUUCGGCGUUCAAACGCUACGGGACGAUGAGCGCAAGCUUCUCAGCAUGAUUUAUACUGUUGUCAGAGAGGCAGAUCUUACAGAGCUUUCAGAUUGGGCAGACGAUAAUGCAGAUGCAGUACGCCGUCUAGCAGCAUGUACCGCCCGACUGUGGGCCGAAACAUUUAGAGGGUUUCAUAUAUCCUGGAUUCUCCGGUGGCGUCUUCGACCUGAUCUCGGGGAUACAAUGAUUCACCCUCACAAUUUUGACAACUUCAAGCUCUUUGGCUUACGCAGCAGACCAACCAAUGCGUAG